CUCGACAGCCUCAAGUGCCACCAGUGACCCGGCCACUGCUACCUCCUCUACGGUCGCUACGCUACGCUACGGGGACCCCAAGACAUCCAUCCCCAUUCAAAUGGUUCAACAACCGUCCAACCUCAUCAUCGUCAGUCCGCGACAACCCCAGCGGCAACGACACUGAACAACCCUGGCCUGACUGCCCUCGACCUUUUGCGCCAUGGCGAUCUUCGCCAUGGGCUGGCAGAAGCCCGACAAUGUCGCUGGCUCAUCUGCCCCGGCGAUCAUGGUCGGCCUCUUUGUCGCCACAGGCGGCUUACUCUUUGGCUAUGACACUGGAACCAUCAACGGCAUCCUGGCCAUGAAAUCAUUCAAAGAUCACUUCUCGACCGGCUACGUCGACGGCAACGGACAGCCUGGUAUAUAUCCAAAAGAGAGCGCGUUAAUCGUUGCCAUGCUCAGCGCCGGAACAGCCAUCGGAGCCUUGCUCUCUGCGCCUCUCGGAGAUUACUAUGGACGUCGCCGGUCCCUUAUUGGCGCCAUCGGAAUCUUCGUAAUCGGCGCCAUUCUGCAAGUUUGUGCACACAAUAUUGCUCUGUUGGUGGCAGGAAGGACGGUUGCCGGUGUUGGUGUCGGCAUUGUCUCUGUGCUUGUCCCCUUAUAUCAGUCCGAGAUGGCACCCAAGUGGAUUCGAGGAACACUGGUGUGCACAUACCAACUCUCCAUCACCAUGGGGCUUCUUGCCGCUGCCGUGGUUAACAUCCUCACAUACAAAUUAAACUCAGCUGCUGCCUACCGGGUACCAAUGGGACUUCAGCUAACUUGGGCCUGUGUCUUGGCCCUGGGUUUGACCGUGUUACCCGAAACUCCCCGUUACCUCAUCAAACGUGGAGACAAGGACGCCGCUGCCCUUUCACUCAGUCGUCUGCGUCGACUGGACAUCACUCACCCUGCGUUGGUCGAGGAGCUUGCCGAAAUCGAAGCAAACCAUCAAUACGAAAUGACGCUGGGUCCCGAUUCUUACAAGGACAUUCUCUUCGGCGAACCUCACCUUGGCCGUCGCACGUUCACGGGUUGCUGUCUGCAAAUGCUGCAACAACUCACCGGCGUGAACUUUAUCAUGUAUUAUGGAACCACCUUCUUCAAUAACGCUGGCGUCGGAAACCCUUUCAAGAUCACUCUCAUCAUGCAAGUCAUUAACGCGGCAUCGACCAUACCCGGACUGUUUGUGGUCGAAUCAUGGGGUCGGCGUCGGCUUCUGAUGGUGGGCGCCAUCGGCAUGGCCAUCUGUCAGCUGCUGAUCGCUGCCUUCGCGGCGGCCAGCGGCUCCAAUAACCUAUCAGCACAGAACAAGGUCCUCAUCACCUUUGUUGGGAUAUACAUUUUCUUCUUUUCUGCAUCCUGGGGCCCGGUCGUGUGGGUCGUCACCUCCGAGAUUUAUCCGCUGAAGGUCAGGGCCAAGUCCAUGUCGAUAUCUACGGCUUCGAAUUGGCUCCUCAAUUUCGGCAUCGCCUAUGGCACCCCGUAUAUGCAAACAAACAGCGCAGCGAGCAACGAAACCUCGAUAGAUCUCGGCUCUAAAGUGUUUUUCGUAUGGGGAGCGUUUUGCAUAGUAGCGGUCGGCUUUGUAUGGUGCAUGGUAUACGAGACUAGCAAGAUCAGUCUCGAGCAGAUCGACGAGAUGUAUGAGAGAGUUGACCAUGCGUGGCACAGCAGGCGCUUCGAACCGAGUUGGAGUUUCCAGGAGAUGCGAGACUUUGGCUUCUCCGAUAGCGGCAUACCGCCAACGCAGCAGCAACAACAACACCAACCACAACACCAGCCACAAGUGGAACUCCAGCAAUCGCAGUCACGCACCAGCAACGCGAGUACGUCUCAAACCGACACAGGCGGGAGCAAUAACACCGCGGCGUCGCAAGACGAUAAACUUGUGGCAUCUCUGGGGAAUAUCGAUCUCAGUGGGGAAACCGCCGGUCGCUUUUGGGCUACAAUCUGCCUCGAGCUUUCUCGAUAUCAGCGACGGAGUUAG